AUGGAUGUGGAUAACGUACGUCUCCAGGAGCUCAACAAUCUUCUUAAAACUUUGAAAGUGAACGACCAAGUAGAACCACACACUCUGAUCAUCAGCAUUGACCUCGGUACAAGUUACAGCGGUAUCGGGUAUAUCCUCUCGACUGAACCCGACAGAGUUCACAUCCUCGAUCAAUGGCCGGGGCACACUGUUGUCAAGGUCAAAUCGCCCAAAGUACCGACUGUAAUCAAAUAUGGAACAGGAGGAUGUGGAUUUAGCUGGGGUCACCAGGUGGGACUGAGAGACGAGAAGAAACUGGAAGCUUUCAAACUCCUUCUCGACCCGUCGUUACCAACACCCGAAUAUGCGCAGAUCAACAAGGUGCGAAAGAAUUUCCAGGAGUUCAUCAAGACUCCUAUCAAUGCGGUUGAUGACUUCAUGGGAGCUCUGUAUCGAUACGCGAUUGAAGAAAUUGCAGAGAAACAUCCAGAUGAGUUCUCGGUGAUACGGGCUAUGAAAUUCGUCAUCUCAACACCCGCUGGGUGGCCGGUAACCGCGAAGAAUGCCAUACUCAAGGCUGCCCGGGACGCAGGAGCGAGUCCCAUAACACAUAUCCAAGAAGCCGAAGCUGCGGCUUUCUUUAAUAUGCGAUCGAAGGAGGCAAAGGCCCUCAAGCUUAAGAUAGGAGACACUAUCAUGAUCUGCGACGCAGGUGGGGCAACUAUCAAUCUUACAACAUACACCAUCAAGAGGCUAGUUCCAUUGCAAGUGGUCGAAACGGUUCCCCCAUUAAGUAAGGACUCUCUUAUUUGUGAACAUCGUAAACAAGUCAAGGAAGACCCUAACAAGCUUUCAGCCAAAGCUGGUGGCUCGCUAAACCUUAACAAGAAUUUUGAGAAUCACAUCGUACGUAGUUUACUCGAGGAGGAAGAGAUCAUUCCAUUGAAGAAGAGUUUCCACUAUAUCGAAACACUGAAUCGAUUUGAUCAAGAGAUCAAACCAGCCUUCAGCAACUCGAGUACCGGGAACUUUGAAGUCAAGCUCGAGGGAACAAAGUUGACCGACUACCCAGAUGGGAACUUGAAGGACAACACUAUGAGUCUCGACAGGAGGGCCCUGGAAGUGAUAUUCCAACCCGUCGCAAAUAUGGUUUUUGUGUCGAUGACGGAGCAAAUCAAUGCUGUCAAGGUGAAGAAAGUGAGCAUUCGAAGCGGCGAUAUGACAUCAGUAGACGCUGUGAUCUUGACUGGCGGCUUUGGAAGCAAUAAGUUUCUGCGAGAAUAUUUAGGUGGAAAGUUUCCCUCCAUGAAGUUUAUCCAACUAGCAAAUACUGGUUCGGCACUAAGCCAAGCCCCAUUGAAGAAGACUAUCGUCGCUCCGGAGGUUGAUUCCUCAGGCACCUCUUCGAAUCGAAAGGCAUCCAAGAACUACGGCAUUGCCUGCUGUCCGAUAUGGAACGAAGAUACCCAUCGGACUGAAAAGAAAUACUGGGACGACUGGGAAGGAGUAUGGCGGUGCAAAAGCAUCAACUGGAUUAUCAUAAAGGGGAAUGAUCUUCGCAAAUCAAAGAAGAUUUCAAUGCCUUGCUACAAACAAUGCGGUCCCAAUCCUGAGAGCGAUGAGUUUUUCAUUGUUGCCUGUCUGGAGCAAAGCACAGCGAGUAGUCCACCAGAAUCUUCAACACAUCAUUCGAUAAGAACAAAUAAAAAGAUAAAAGUCCCGUUGGACAAUAUCCCAGAAGAUGAUUUUCGCAAAAGGAAACGCAGUUCUGACAGACAAGUGUACUGGGAGCUGGCGUACGAUGUGGUACUGGAAGUGAGUAAAGGCAAGAUUGCUUUCUGGAUUCAAAUCGACGGACAACAGUUCGGCAGGGUGACGAUUGAUUGA